UACCGGUACAGGCUUGGCAGUGGACCACUAAACAGCGAGGGGCCCCAGUGAGAGCCCAUGUGUAUAUGGGCCCAGAGUUUCGCGCUACACCCCUGUCCGCUAGAAAUUAAAAAAAAACAAACAAAAAAAACAACGGACUUUGAACUGAUCAAGGGAAACCGGAAAUUCGUGUCACGCCCUGUCGUGAAUAAUUCAACCACUUAACACGGAGAGUGACGUUUACGGUCGCUGCGGCAACGUGUAAACUCUGCCGUUUCCUGGGAAACCGAGAUAACGUUCGGAUCCCGGUGUUAGCUGCGCUGCGCUAAGCGCAAAAAUCCCGGUAAAAUAAGGAAAAUAGGAUAAAAAACAAACAAAACGGGAUUAAAGGCGAAGUUUACACGACCGACGGUGAACCAGUUUUACUCGCCGUGGCGGUCCCGGCACUCUGGCGGAAUAUAAAGCCCCGCUGUUCGGUUUCAGCCCAGUGAGCGAGCUAACGGUUCAGCGACAGCCGCGCAGUUCACCGCCGCCAUGUCGGAGCGGGGAGCAGGUGGAGAUCAGGAGGUGCCGGAAGACGAGGGGGAUAACGCGGCGACGGCAAACCCGCAGCCAGGUGGAGGUACCGCAGGAGAGCCGCCAGAGGACGACAGAGAGCCGGGAAGGCCGGCCCCAGGUCAGGCGGCGUUUGAGUCUAGACUGUCCACUUUUACCCCAGAUGUGCUGGAGGCGGCGGAAGAGGCCGAAACCCAGGCGGAUCUGCCUGACCACGCCGAGCAGCUCGGAGGGCCUCAGACAGCAGAAAAUGUUGGAAACUCAUUAGAAACCGACUGUACAGAUGUGCGGGAGACCGUGGAAGAGGCUGAAACUCAGGCUAAUCUGCCCGAUGACACUAAGCAGCUUAGGGAGCCUCAGACAACAGAAAGUGUUGGAAACUCCACAGCUACAGUGAAACUGGUGCUGGUGCCGGAGGGUCACGUGAUGACGGUGGCGUUCGCCAUCGGUCUCAGCAUUCAGGAGCUGAAGAGUCACCUCGCCUCGGAGCUCAGAGUUCCCGUGGAGGUGCUGCAGAUCUCUCUGGAUGGCAGGAUGGUGGAGGAGAAGCAGAGCCUGAUGGAGCUUGGCGUCCAGCCUCACGGCUCCACCCGGAUGGAGAUGAGCUCCACCGAACCGAACGCCCACCCACUCCGCCCCCUUCGCCCCCCAGAGCAUGACCACAUGCCGGACGUCAUCACCGUCCGAGUGCAAAGAGAUGAUGGAGUGUUCCAGGAGGUGGUGGUGGAGAUCGAGCGCCCCCCCCAGCAGAAGGCUUUCAUGGGCGGCUACAGACACCGGCUGACGGGGGUGGAGUACCACCACACUGCCGUCCAGACCCUGCCCAAGAGGAGACCCGAUAGGGGAGUGAUCGUCUUCAGCCGUGACACACAGACAGUAGAGUUGAAGUCUCAGGCCCAGCAGUGUCCGGUCAACGUCUCCACCCAGAUGACCGGGAUCGGCUGCUACGUCUCCUGUGUGAACGACAAGCUGGUCGUCCCCGGCAACUACAUCACUGCUGACGAGUACCACGACAGGAGGCUGAGAGCUGUGAUCUGUCUGCAGUCAUUUGCUCGGCGCUGGCUGGCCCGGCAGGCGGUGGACCGGCUGAGGAGGGAGCGGGACCGGCGGCUGGCCUGGCUGGAGCUGCAGGAGAGGAGGAGGAGGGAGGAGAAGGAGGAGCAGCUGAGAGACCGGCGCCAACGCUGGAUGAACCCAAAGCGAAGCGAAGACCUCAAUCUGCUGUACCACGCCCUGGAGAAGUGGAGGUGUGAAGAGGAACAGCGGAUCAAUUCGUCCCUGCAGGGAGCUGAGAGGAAGGCAGCUCUCUGCUUGCUACUGGAGCAGGAGACUCAGCUCAUCGCCGCCAUCGGACGCCAUCGCAUCGCCGUCCAGAGCAACAACUACGACAAAGCCAUCAGGAACUUCCUUGACAAGUCCGCGGCUCCUCAUCAGUGGCGAGCGGCAGACGGUCGACUGAUCGAGAUGGACAGUCAACACACCGUCAGAGCCAGAGAGCUGCGAGAUCUGUACAACAACGUCAGCCUGCCCACCGCCAGCCAGGAGCAGAGACUCCAUGUCCUGAUGACACUCAAACACACCGUCAAGGAGCAUAAGUGUCAGCUUACCCGGGACAUCGUGGAUUUGAUUGACAGGGAAGUGGACCUGAUGACUAGGGGAGUUAAGGCAGCCAGUCUGGAGGGGCUAAGGAAGAGGAUCUCCACUCUGUUCCUCCAGUACAUCAAAACACCAGCGUUUAACCCUGAGGUGGCCAAGCUGCUCAAGGUUCCCCAGAAUCCCUCCCAGCUGAAGAAUGACAUGUUCCUCUGCCGCAGUUGUCAUCGCUACCGGCGCUCUGCCGACUUCAGCCUGGCCGCCAGCGCCGGUCUGAUCGGUCAGUGCCGGGACUGCGCCGGACUCGACAACAUAGCUAGAUCUCGCAAUGACUUCUCCUGCUACAAAAACAUCCUGAGGAGGCUGAGAGCGGAUGAGCAGGAGCUCAAUGAGCGUGCCAAGAUCCCCUUCCUGCUGCAGGCUGAGGACGUACGGUACCUGGUUGAGGUGGUCUGGGCGUCCCGCUCGGCCCUCCACGCCAGCAGCGACCUCUACAACCUGGUGUUUGUCCGCUGGGAGCGUAAAAAGGACUGGAGCCCCUGGAACUGCAUCCUCCUGUCCAAAGAAGAGACUUCAGCUCACCUGGAGGUGUUAGACGUCCACGAGGCAUAUGAGGCGACGUUCAUCCGCAGGAUUGAACACAAACACAUGCUGGCUCGCCGCCACUUCAGCCACAUCCCUGUCAUGGCUGAGUACCUGGACUCUCAGCCUGCUGCUACCCUGGGCAACCAGCUUGUCUCCAAGCCCAUCACCAUGACAGUUAAGCACGCCACCGACACCACACCAGCCUCAGCUCGUUAAGAAACACCCCGCGGCUUUCUUUCAGCUGCCACUGUUUCCUCUCUCCCUCGAACAGUCUGUCACUUUCCAAAACAUUCUGUCUGAAAUCGAAAAUAAA